GCGGUUGGGUGGUCUGGGCGGUUGGCCAGUGAACCCUUCUAUGGCCUUAUCUUGUUUUAAAAAUUUCCUGCUCAUUCCAACGAAAUUUGUUCAAAACUCCUAUUAGCAGACAGGAUUGGCCAAUGAUUUUGAAGCUGUUCCUCUGUUACUUACUCCUCUUCCUUAAUUCAUGGAUCAAUGGCACCAAGGGGGAUCCUGCUAUCCAUCAACCAAUCACCGCCCUCACGAUGUCCCUCCAACGACUGGAGCUCGAGCCAGAGCGAGUACAACCCCAAUCGAGCCUUAUCUGCACCGCACACAUGUGUCGAUCCAAUAACUCCGUUCCAGGAGAUGAAACCCCCGUCGAAGCGGAGGACAGUCUACGUCUGGGAAUGUUGUCAAUGUGGACUUGCGGCCAUUCGUAUACAGACAGAUCCAUGUCCAGAGUGCUCCACCCCGCGGUGUCCGCACUGUCUGACGAGCAAAGUUCAAGUGCGUUAGAUCAACGAAUCUCAAGCGCAUAUCAAGGAGAAGGGCGCGGGAUUGCGGUGAUUGGGAAAUGGGUAUCUGAACACAGAGCUCUACUCGAGAUCGGAUCCUCCGAAAUAUACUUUCCUUCACGGCUUCACUCGAAUUCGGAAAACAGCUAUGCAUGCACCAGAUAUAUUUGUAGCCAAGAUGUGCGGUGGCUUAGAUUGUACAGGGUUUGCAGAGAGGCAAAUUGGCUCGAGAGCAUCUCGCAACAGACUAUCAGAUGUGCAGGGCUGCAGGGUCUGUGGUCUUUUUGGACCCAUGCACGAAACUUACGUUCUCGCUCUGGUUCUGCUUAUUGGUCUAUGCCGAAUCAGGAGCUAUAUUUAAAGUUCUACCUCAGACAAGACCACAAAUUCCAAAGCCUCCACGAUGACUUCGAUAUGCGGCGCGAGUAGCCGGGCUAGGUAAUCCCUUUGUCAGAAGGCUCCCUCUUUCCAGAACCGUGAAUAAAGAGCUGUGGGCUCUUAUAGCUAUAUUCAAUUAUACCCCACGCGUUAACC